UUUCAUUGUGGCCCUGCAGAGCUAACGCCAUCACACGCAGCGGCCACGACGAGCAGCACGGCGACAUCAGCAGAGAGUCCUUCUUAUUUAUGUCAAAUCAUUUCUUCAUAACGGCAAUGGAAUAUAGAGCUGCGGAUUAUUAGACGCGUUUGAACUGGGCCUCUGUUUUGGCGGCGCACAAAGCAAUGUGGAGGAAAUAAAAAUUGUGAUACGCUGAAAACCAGAGAUUAUAGAUAAUGGGCUGUGUGCAAUGCAAGGAUAAGGAAGCAACCAAACUCACAGACGAGCGAGAAACCAGCAUCUCCCAGGGAGCGGGCUACCGCUAUGGGUCAGACCCCACACCGCAGCACUACCCCAGUUUCGGGGUCGCCGCCAUCCCCAACUACAACAACUUCCACGCCCCAGUCGGACAGGGGAUGACCGUCUUCGGAGGGGUCAGCACUUCCUCUCACACUGGAACCCUGAGGACUCGUGGUGGGACCGGAGUCACCCUCUUUGUGGCACUUUAUGACUACGAGGCGCGGUCAGAAGACGACCUCAGCUUUAGGAAAGGAGAAAGGUUCCAGAUUAUCAACAGCACUGAAGGGGACUGGUGGGACGCUCGCUCGCUCACCAGCGGGGGCAGUGGCUACAUUCCCAGUAAUUAUGUGGCUCCAGUGGACUCGAUCCAGGCUGAGGACUGGUACUUUGGUAAGCUGGGCCGUAAGGAUGCAGAGAGGCAGCUGCUGUCCACUGGCAACCCUCGAGGAACCUAUCUGAUCCGGGAGAGUGAAACCACAAAGGGUGCCUUCUCCUUGUCCAUACGGGACUGGGACGAUGUGAAAGGUGACCAUGUCAAGCAUUAUAAGAUCCGCAAGCUGGACAGUGGCGGCUACUACAUCACCACCAGGGCUCAGUUUGACACUCUGCAGCAGCUGGUUCAGCAUUACUCAGACCGAGCCGCCGGGCUCUGCUGUCGCUUGGUGGUUCCCUGCCAUAAAGGGAUGCCACGCCUCGCCGACCUGUCAGUUAAAACCAAAGACGUGUGGGAGAUCCCGCGGGAGUCGCUGCAGCUCAUCAAGCGUCUUGGGAAUGGGCAGUUUGGGGAGGUCUGGAUGGAGAGUGCGGAUGGUUUGUGCUUUAAUUUAACGGGCGUGUGUGUGAACUACAUCCCUGACACUAUGGGCUUAUGUCAUGAUGCCUGGGAGAUCAGCAGAAACACACUUGAGUUGGAAGUAAAGCUGGGGACGGGAUGUUUUGCUGAUGUGUUUUACGGAACGUGGAACGGCACCACUAAGGUGGCAGUGAAGACUCUGAAGCCUGGCACUAUGUCCCCCGAGUCUUUCCUGGAGGAGGCUCAGAUCAUGAAGAAGCUCCGCCAUGACAAGCUCGUUCAGCUCUACGCCGUGGUGUCGGAGGAGCCUAUUUACAUCGUCACAGAGUAUAUGGGCAAAGGAAGCCUGCUGGACUUCUUGAAGGAUGGAGAAGGACGAGGGUUGAAGCUGCCUAACCUGGUGGAUAUGGCAGCGCAGGUGGCAGCAGGCAUGGCCUACAUCGAGAGGAUGAACUACAUCCACAGAGACCUGCGCUCCGCCAACAUCCUGGUGGGUGACAACCUGAUGUGCAAGAUCGCUGACUUUGGCCUGGCCAGGCUCAUCGAAGACAACGAAUACACCGCUCGGCAAGGGGCAAAGUUCCCCAUCAAGUGGACCGCCCCCGAGGCUGCACUGUACGGGAAGUUCACCAUCAAGUCGGACGUGUGGUCGUUUGGCAUCCUGCUGACAGAGCUGGUCACCAAGGGUCGGGUGCCUUACCCAGGCAUGAACAACCGUGAGGUGCUGGAGCAGGUGGAGCGAGGCUACAGGAUGCCGUGCCCCCAGGAUUGCCCCAUCUCACUGCACGAGCUGAUGCUGCAGUGCUGGAAGAAGGAUGCAGAGGAGCGGCCCACGUUUGAGUACCUGCAGGCCUUCUUGGAGGACUACUUCACAGCCACCGAGCCUCAGUACCAACCCGGGGACAACCUCUAGACUCGGGCUCGGGGCUGGGCAGGACUGGCCCAAUCAGUGCUGUUAAAAAAAACUCUGAGCCUUCCCAGCCAGGCCUUUAUUUUAGGGAUCUGUACAGCUUUCUCAGCUCAACCCGAGCAUUUCAGUUCCACCACCAAGCCCUAAAACACAACCCUCGUCUCCGACGUGCCCCCCAGUGUCUGAACUCUGCACAUGCGAUAAGUAGGGAAGUUGACAAGGUGGGCUGGAGGAUGGACUGAGUUAACUUGGGUUGUGAUAAUACAAUGUAUUCAAUGUAAAUAAAAAAGGCUUGUUUUAGUUUAUUUGUUUGCUUUAAGAUUGUAUUUUCUCCUGCACAAAAGAAUAAUGAUAAAAAAGAUAAAGGCAAAGGAAGAGAAGCAUUUGAGACGAGCACCUGAGCAGGCACAGUUCAUGUGUGCGUGUAUUAUACUGUAGCUCCUGUAUUCUUUUCUACAAGUUGAAUGAUAUGAAUUGAAUAUGAUGCCUCCAUAUAUUUUUUUCAAAUUUUCCAUAAUGUGUAAAAUAAUUCACUAUUAUUAUAAUUGUUAUCUUCUUCAGACAAGCAUGGCACAAUCCUCCAUCACACUUGUUUUCUUUUUUUGCACGCCACAAAGCUUCCUCAGAGCGCGAGUUGUUGGGCUGCUGCUGGAUAGAACAAGGUUCUUUUACAAAUGAUUUAUGACACAUUUUUGUAUAUUACAGCCGAGCGUGUGAGGAUUUUGAACAUAUCCCUCCUCGCUAAUCAUUUUGAGAACAUUUGGGUGGAAAAUAUUUCUUCUUUCUACCAAGUGUUGUUUAUCUUUAGCUGGAAGACAUGAAGUUUCAGUUAAUUUAAGAGGAGAGCAUGUAUGUCUCAUUUCCUACCGAGGCUGCCCCUCGUCAGCGCAGGGGGAAGGGGUUUUCGGGGGAAGUCGGUGUGGACGGUGGCGCUCUCCUUGUCUCCUGUGCGCCCUCCACUUGAGCCUGCAGAGCGGCGAACUGCAGCUGAACCUGGACCAGCUAACCUCCUCAGUUAUUUCUUCUUUUAUGAUUUUACUAUCAGUAUUUCAAUCUUUGGUUUUUACAGAGUAUGUUCUUAUUUAACCCUUUAGGUAGUUCAAAGUUAGUUGUACUACAGUAUAUGUUCAGAGGAGGCUUGGAGCCAAUUCACGUUACAAUUCAGAAUAGAAGUUGAAGUUUUUAGGGUUUGAAUUCACAAAGAAACCCACUGAAUUGAAAAUGAAUUGAACCCUGAUCAGGUCGAGUGCAGAUGGUUUUUCGUGGCCAACGGAAAACUCAUUUUUCAGUCGUUCAUCUAAAUGGUUUUAAUUGUCGCUUACUUCCCUUUAACAUUACUUGUUUUGUUAAUUCAGUGAUUUGGCAUUUGAAAUUCAGAAAGGAACAAUAAACAUUUUACACUCUU